UGUCCCGGAAGAUUAUAAAAAAAAUCCAGGAGCAGUCGAAGCCAUAGCCGAGCAGCCAGGGCAUCCAGAUAAUAUUCUAAUCGGUUACAAUAGAGGUUUGAUGGUAUUGUGGAACAAAGCUACUCCGGGAGCUCAACAGCUGAUGGGUUUGUUUUCGCGUGCGCAGACAUUCGUCUCCACGCAACAGUUGGAAUCGGUCCACUGGAUCUCCGAGAAUCGCUUCGUUUCGUCGCACAAUGACGGUUCCUAUGCGUUUUGGAGUCCGGGUAACGAUGCUGUGCCAGAUCCCACAACACUUUAUGGACCAUUCCCAUGCAAGGCCGUCACUAAGAUCCUCGUAUAUCCUACCGCGGAACACGGCGAACUUGUACUGUUCUCCGGUGGUAUGCAACGUGCCAGUUACGGAGAUCGACACACGAUUACUGUCAUGACCAAGGAGAAACAUUUAGUUUUCGAUUUUACAUCUAAAAUCAUCGAUUUCUUCACCGUCUUCCCUAAGGAAGACGAAGAGAACAAUGAGAGCCCUAUCAGUCCGGAAGCACUUAUAGUGCUGGCUGAAGAAGAAUUAGUAGCUAUCGAUUUAACUAAUCCCGAUUGGAAGAUGAUGGCUCUGCCUUAUCUAGUAUCCCUUCAUGCGAGCGCGGUAACUUGUUCUCAACAUGUGCCUAAUGUCCCCGAGGAACUUUGGGAGGCGAUCGUAGCGGCCGGUAAAGCACAAACCGAACAUCUUUAUUCAGAUAAGCCGUGGCCCAUCGACGGCGGCAAUAUCCUCUGUCAGAAACCAGCGAAUCCUGACAAACCUAAACACAGAGAACUACUACUCACUGGACACGAGGACGGCACUGUCAGAUUCUGGAAUGCGUCCGACGUUGCUCUGACGCCUCUAUACAAGUACAACUCAUCGAUUCUGUUUACUGGUGAACACUUAGAUGUCCUCGAACAGCCGCCAGAGGAUGAUGAUGAUGAAUGGCCGCCGUUUAAAAAAGUGGGAAUCUUUGAUCCAUAUUCCGAUGAUCCGCGACUCGCCGUUAAGAAGGUUCUUCUUUGCCCGUUGUCUUCGACGUUGGUAAUCGCCGGCACAGCUGGACACGUUAUCACUGCAACGAUCUCCUCAGAACCAAGCAAUAAGGAGAUAAAGGCUGUAACAAUGAAUAUUGUUAACGAUCGUGACGGGUUUGUGUGGAAGGGUCACGAUCAUUUGCCACCGAGAACGACGAGUAUAUCGUUCGCAGUCGGAUUUCAAUCGCAAAGUCUGUUGCAAUUAUAUCCGCCGGCUGCCAUUACGGCUUUAGCAUUGCAUAGCGAAUGGGGAUUACUUGCCGCUGGCACAGCGCACGGACUCGCAGUCUUUGAUUACACCAGAUCGAAGGCCGUCAGUGUCAAAUGCACGCUUAAUCCAAACG